AUGUCUUUGCCAGCUACUUUUGAUCUUACCCCAGAGGACGCCCAACUUUUGUUGGCUGCUAACACCCACCUAGGUGCUAGAAACGUUCAAGUCCACCAAGAACCAUACGUCUUCAACGCUAGACCAGACGGUGUCCACGUCAUUAACGUCGGUAAGACCUGGGAAAAGUUGGUUUUGGCUGCUAGAAUCAUUGCUGCCAUUCCAAACCCAGAAGAUGUUGUCGCCAUCUCCUCUAGAACCUACGGUCAAAGAGCCGUUUUGAAGUUCGCCGCUCACACUGGUGCUACUCCAAUUGCUGGUAGAUUCACUCCAGGUUCUUUCACCAACUACAUCACCCGUUCUUUCAAGGAACCAAGAUUGGUCAUUGUUACCGACCCAAGAUCCGAUGCUCAAGCCAUCAAGGAAGCUUCUUACGUUAACAUCCCAGUCAUCGCUUUGACUGACUUGGACUCCCCAUCUGAAUACGUCGAUGUCGCUAUCCCAUGUAACAACAGAGGUAAGCACUCUAUCGGUUUGAUCUGGUACUUGUUGGCCAGAGAAGUCUUGAGACUAAGAGGUGCUUUGACUGACAGAACCCAACCAUGGUCUAUCAUGCCAGAUUUGUACUUCUACAGAAACCCAGAAGAAAUUGAGCAACAAACUGCUGAAGAAGCUGCUCAAGAAGCUGGUGAAGAAGAAGCUAAGGAAGAAGUUACUGAAGAACAAACCGAAGCUGCUGAAUGGGCUCAAGAAAACGCUGACAACGUUGAAUGGUAA